AUGGCGGCGUACAGUCGCUCUCCGCUGCUGCUGCUGUUGUCGUCAGUGUGUCUCUGCAGCUUUGGCUCCGUUUUGGGCUUGAAGGCAGCCAGCGGCCCCGCAGAGCCCCCCAACCCGCCCGUCAUCAGAGCCGUGGACCCCCCGGCAAAGGAUGCACCUGCCCCGGCCGCCGGUGCUGGGGCCUCACAGCCUCGAAGGGCGACCGGCUGGAAGCUGUCGGAGGAGGAGGCCUGCAGGGAGGACCUGACCCGACUCUGCCCCAAACACACCUGGACCAACAACCUGGCCGUGCUGGAGUGUCUGCAAGACCGCAGAGAGGAAAGUGAGAUUGCUCCUGACUGCAAUCAUCUCCUGUGGAACUAUAAACUCAACCUGACCACAGAUCCCAAGUUUGAGUCGGUGGCCAUGGAGGUCUGCAAGAGCACCAUCGCUGAGAUAAAGGAGUGUAACGAGGAGGAGCGUGGACGGGGCUACCUGGUGUCCUGCCUGGUGGAUCACCGUGGCAACGUCAGCGAGUACCAGUGCAACCAGUACAUCACCAAGAUGACCAGUAUCGUCUUCAGCGACUUCAGACUGAUCUGCGGCUUCAUGGACAAAUGUAAAGACGACAUCAACGUCCUGCACUGUGGCAGCAUCAACGUAGGACACAAGGACGUCCACUCUCAGGGUGAAGUGAUCUCCUGUCUGGAGAAGGCGUUGGUGAAGCAGGCGGAGCAGCAGGAUCGGGCUGCUCAUCAGAUCAAAGAGGAGUGUCAGAGGGCCAUCCUGCGGGUGGCGGAGCUGUCGUCAGAUGACUUCCACCUCGACCGACAUCUUUAUUUCUCCUGCCGAGACGACAGGGAGAGAUUCUGUCAGAACACUCAGGCAGGAGAAGGAAAAGUCUACAAGUGUCUGUUCAAUCACAAGUUUGAAGAGGCCAUGUCAGAAAAGUGCAGAGACGCUCUGACCACCCGUCAGAAGCUGAUCUCUCAGGACUACCGGGUCAGUUACUCUCUGGCUAAAGCCUGUAAAGUGGAUCUGAGGAAGCAGCGCUGCAGUCUGGACACCAACCUGCCGAGAGCCCGCGAGGCCCGACUGUCGUACCUGCUGCUGUGCCUGGAGGCCGCCGUGCACCGAGGUCGUCCGGUGAGCGGAGAGUGUCAGGGAGAGAUGCUGGACUACAGGCGGAUGCUGAUGGAGGAUUUCUCUCUGAGUCCGGAGAUCGUGCUUCACUGUCGGACAGAGAUCGAGGCUCACUGCUCCGGUCUGCACCGCAAAGGCCGCACGCUGCACUGCCUGAUGAAGAUCGGACGGGGCGACCGAAGCACCACCGUGGACAACGCCUGCCAGACCGCUCUGCAGACUCUGAUCCAGUCCGCCGACCCCGGCGCUGACUACCGCAUCGACCGAGCGCUCAACGAGGCCUGCGAGUCCGUCAUCCAGACCGCCUGCAAACACAUCCGCAACGGAGACCCAAUGAUCCUGUCGUGCCUGAUGGAGCAUCUAUACACAGAGAAGAUGGUGGAGGACUGUGAACAUCGGCUGUUGGAGCUGCAGUAUUUCAUAUCCAGAGACUGGAAACUGGAUCCCAUCCUGUAUAAGAAGUGUCAGGGCGACGCUGCCCGUCUCUGCCGCACGCACAGCUGGAACGAGACCAGCGAGCUGAUGCCGCCGGGCGCCGUCUUCUCUUGCCUCUACCGCCACGCGUACCGCACCGAGGAGCAGGGACGCAGGUUAUCACGGGACUGUAAGGUGGAGGUGCAGAGGAUUCUCCACCAGAGGGCGCUGGACGUGAAGCUGGACCCCGAGCUGCAGAAACGAUGCAUCACGGACCUCGGCAAGUGGUGCAGCGAGAAGACGGAGGCUGGACAGGAGUUGGAGUGUCUGCAGGAUCAUUUGGAGGACUUGGUCUCUACCUGCAGGGAAGUCGUGGGCAACCUGACAGAGCUGGAGUCAGAGGACAUCCAGAUUGACGCGCUGCUGAUCAGAGCCUGUGAGCCCGUCAUCCAGACUCACUGCCAUGAUUUCGCUGAUAACCAGAUCGACACCGGUGACCUGAUGGAGUGUUUGGUUCAGAAUAAACAACAGAAGGAAAUGAACGACAAGUGUUCAGUGGGUGUUACGCACUUCCAGCUGAUUCAGAUGAAGGAUUUCCGCUUCUCCUAUAAGUUCAAGAUGGCCUGCAAGGAGGACGUUCUGCGCCUGUGUCCAAACAUCAAAAAGAAGGUGGACGUGGUCAUCUGUCUCAGCACCACAGUGAGGAACGACACGCUGCAGGAAGCCAAAGAGCAGCGGGUUUCUCUCAAGUGUCGUAAACAGCUGCGGGUGGAGGAGCUGGAGAUGUCGGAGGAUAUUCGGUUGGAGCCAGAGCUGUACGAUCCCUGUAAGUCUGACAUCAGCCGCCUGUGUCCCAACGUGGCCUUCGGUAACGCUCAGAUGAUCGAGUGUCUGAAGGAGCAGAAGAAGCAGCUCAGUCAGCGAUGCCACCAGCGGAUCUUCCGGCUGCAGGAGACGGAGAUGACCGACCCCGAGCUCGACUACCAGCUGAUGAGAGUCUGCAAGCAGAUGAUCAAGCGGUUCUGCACCGAAGCCGACGCCAGAAACGUUCUUCAGUGUCUGAAACAGAACAAGAACAGCGAGCUGAUGGAUCCAAAGUGUAAACAGAUGAUCACCAAGAGGCAGAUCACCCAGAACACAGACUACAGGUUGAACCCGGUGUUGAGGAAAGCUUGUCGAGCCGACAUCCCGAAGUUCUGCCAGUCUAUCCUGAACAAGGCGAGCGAGGACAGCGAGCUGGAGGGUCAGGUCAUCGCCUGCCUCAAACUCAAAUACGCAGACCAGAGGUUGUCUCCAGACUGUGAAGACCAGAUCAGAGUGAUCCUGCAGGAGUCAGCGCUGGACUACAGACUGGACCCACAGCUGCAGAUGCACUGCUCCGACGAGAUCUCCAGGUUGUGUGCGGAGGAGGCAGCAGCUCAGGAGCAAACCGGUCAGGUGGAAGAAUGUCUGAAAGUCAACCUGCUGAAGAUCAGACAGGAGGGCUGUAAAAAGGAAGUCCUGAACAUGCUGAAGGAGAGUAAGGCGGACAUCUUUGUGGACCCGGUCCUCCACACAGCCUGCGCUCUGGACCUCAAACACCACUGUGCUGCCAUCACUCCCGGCAGAGGAAGACAGAUGUCGUGUCUGAUGGAGGCGUUGCAGGACAAAAGAGUCCGUCUGCAGCCAGAGUGUAAGAAAAGACUUCAAGACCGCAUCGACAUGUGGAGCUACGCUGCCAAGGUGGCGCCAGCAGAGGGUUUCUCAGACCUGGCCGUGCAGGUGAUGCUGUCGCCCUCAAAGAACUACAUCCUGCUCAUGAUCGCUCUGAGCGUGUGCAUCCUCUUCCUGGUGGGGCUGCUGUGUGGUCGCAUCACCAAGCGGGUGACGAGAGAGCUGAAGGACCGGUAGAGGACGAGCGCUUCGACGCCUUCGGAAAAAGACUGACUCCUCGCACCUCCCUGUAUCUCUCCUCUUCCUCCUCCUCUUCCUCCUCUUCUCUCAGAUGCCUGGUCUGUAACCAGCCAACCUGCACAGUGCCAACGCCAGAGCUCACAUCUAGACCUCCUCGGUCCCCGAAUCUCACGAAAAAAACCUUUAAAAAAUCUCCAUUUGGGCAUCUCCAAACCUCGAUUGAUCGUCUCUCUGAUCGGAGCAUUUGUACUUUUUUUUCCUCCUCCGAGCAAAUCCUGCUUUUCUCCGAUGACAUUUGUUUGGAGUUGGAUGCGAGAUCGUCAGGCAUCUUUUCCGUUUCUUAAAUAAGCGCUGUUCAUGGUGUGACUGAGGGAUGCUGCUUCUCUCUCGCUGAGGUUAGGAUUUCUUUCCCCCCUUUCCCUUUCGUUAGAUCCUGAAGCUUUUUGUUUUUUGUUUUUUUUGUUGUCAUAUUUAAUGGAGACUGGAAGCAUGUAGAGCUACAAGAAAUCGUUUCAUUAUAAGUGACUGCGGCUGCCUGAAUCGCACAAGAAGCUACUUGGAAAAUUGAGGCAAACUUUUAAAGGUUGAAUUCUGAGAUCAACUUGUUGCUUGUUGAAACGUUUUUUUUUUUCCUUUUUUCUCAUCGUUCAUGAAAAUCCCGUCCUCUUCACAUCCAGCUCGCCAGGUACGACUCUUAACAUCUUUUCAGACCAGUUAGGACCCACAUCGCGAGGGUUAAGCUGGUCUCUAUUAUCAGAAACAUUGUGUGCACAUUCAAUUUUAUCCUUUUAUAACUUCAUUUAAAUGCUAAUAAUUCAAUCUUUGCACUUUUUAUUUUUAUGCCUUAUUUAUUGUUGAUUAAUGACUGAUUCUUGAGUUUUGUGUGUGUUGCUGUGCAGCUAAACACAGCUGCUGAGGUGAAAGUCAGCAGCUGUGAGAGGUCAGAUUACACAAGUGGAAGCCAAAAUGUUUUAUUCAUCUCAAUUGUUGGAUUGUAAAGACGAUAAAAGUCACUAUUUGUGUUGCCUUUUAAUGAACAGACUCAACCUGCCACAUAAACAGAGCAGCACAGACAUGAGCGGUUAUCUUUGUUUUAUGAGGGAGGAAGUUAGAGCUGCAACUAAUCCUUAUUUCCAUUAUCAAUGAAUCUGCUGAUGAAUCGUUCGGUCUGUAAAACAUCCGAAAAUUGUCUUAUUUCAUCCAACCAACAGUUUAAAUCUUGAAUACAUUCAAUUCACUGUAAUGUAAGAUAAAGAAAACGCAUCUAAGAAUGUUUAGCACAUGAUUCAUAGAUUAUCAAAAUAGUUGCUGAUUGAUUUUUUCAUUGAUCAAGUUGACUAAUCUUUGCAGCUCCAGAGGAAAUGAUGGAUCAUGUGGAUAUCGCCUUUUUAAAGAUGAGACUUGUGUUAAGAAAAAAAAAAGAAAAAAAAAAAGCUGUUUUUUCUCUUUUCUUAAAAUAUCUGAUCAUUUAUUUAUUGAGCCUAAACCUGCACUGAGUUGCUAACCUACUGAAAUACAGCGUAAAGUUGUUUCUUCCUUUUUUCUUUUUUUUCCCAGCAAGUUUUGAGUAAUUCCAUGAGUCCAGAUGAGUCGGUCCAAAUGUCCAAAAAACUAAAAAUAUCUCUUUAUUUUCAACAAAUUAAGCCAUGAGGAGAAAAAGACAAAAGAGUGAUGAAUUAGAACAAUAAGCUGUAACUAUGCUUUGACUUCCUGGAGUCCUGUUGCUAUGGUGAGGUUGCCAGGCGAGUUUCGUAAAGUACAUUUAUACAACACUAAUUUCUCUAUUUAACUCCCUCCAAAAACAGCUGUCUUUUUUUUUUCCUACGGAUGAAAUAAAUGAGAUACAACAUGUUAAUUAGUGAGCGUUAGAGAUGCUGGCAGAUGAAUUAUUUAGUUUGGACGGAGCCACGUUAGCUGUUUUUCUCUCUCUGCUUUUCAGCCUUUAUGUGAAGCUAAGCUAACUGCCUCCUGGCUCCAGCUCGUAUUAAGCUAAUGUACACUACCUGCCUGUUCUGCUGCCCUCCAAGAGCCCAAAAAACAUAUAAUUAAAGCAGUUUUUAAAGAGUACUCCCCCAGUUUAGCAUCACAUUUAAUCAUGACUGACUCAGAAUGGACAGUUUAGUAUCAGAGUUAAUGCAGCAGAUCCACACAUUGUUCUUUCUUGUCAAAAACUUGCGCCUACAUUACCCACAGUUCAAUUUGAUCGCUGACAGUUUUAUGCUAAUAGUGGCUAAUAUAGCCUCGAGGAGCUAGCUACACAUGUCUGAUAACUUCACUUCUUUAUGGCUCCAUUUUCAAAUGUGUAGUCUUCAGCCUCAACAGAUACAUUUAUCAGAUGUCACACAGCUCCCACGAAAAGGUUUAUACUACUUUUUUCAUACUUCACUUUACUUUUAAUAUUAACAAAAGAAGAAGAAUGUCUUCCCCUUGUCCUAAAUUGACACUAAAAUACUUCCUUGUUUUAUGAAUGAAGCGGUACACAAGUUGAACUGCUGUAGAGUCUGUUUGACCAAUCAGCAAACCUUAAAGAUCCUUUACUUUUGAAAAGUAUAAAAAGGGACUUUUUAGAGGGUAAAAUAACUUUCCUAAUCCCUGGAGAAAGUUUAAAUAUAUGCAGUUGUACUUCCCAAGGCUGAGGCAUUCAGCUGAUCUGUGUGUUUAGAUUUUAUUUAUUUCCACCAAGUGUGUGACCAUCAACUUGAAGCCUGAGCUGAUUAAUAUCUGAUGUGUAUUUUCAAUUAAAUAACACAUAUUUAUAAAACAUUUUUUAUCAUUUUGAGUCUCCAGUCAUGGUUUUAGAAGCUCAAGAUCAACUCAAGUAUCAGAGUUUUAGUGCCCUUAAAACUGACGUUGUCCAAUUUAAGAAAAAUGUAUCAGAUGCAGGGAAGUUUUUGAAGGAUUUAUUCUGAUAUCACAACAUUUCAUAAAUGAAAAUAAAUUCCCUCGGCCAGUAUUUUACAGAUAUUAGAGCCAUAAACAGAUAGUUGUGCUGCAGGAAAAUGACUGACAUUAUACUGUUUUCUUUUUUGUUGUUGUUGCAGUUUUGUUCUUUUUCUAAGUGUUGACUCUUUCUUUAUGUGAUGCAUUUCAUGUACUUUCUAAAAAAAAAAAAAAAAAGAAAUAACCACAUUUUUUCUUUUUUGCAAAUAUUUUGCAGCUUGCACAUUAAUUUCUGUAAAUGAUGAAAACCAGAAAAAACCGUCAAACUUUUUUCUGCUCAUUUACAAACGUCAACGAAGCUCAAGUUGCAAAUAAUUUGUGGACUCAUUCUCGAAGGAUUUUGACUGUGAAAAAAUAAAAGAGGAAUGUCUUUUAAGUGAGAGCAGAGCGGAUCGGUCGUCAGAUAGAAACCAACAGCUCGCUGCUUUGAGCUUUUCUAAAAAUGAUCCUUUUGUUUCUGUCUGCGUCAGCUGAAGCCGGACGUUGAAUCGGAGCGAUUUAACAGGCCAUUAAAAUACAGCUAUCAUAACCAGUUUUGUAUGUAAGUCUCUACGUGUACAAACUUUAUUGGUGUGCAAUUUGUUUCUUUUUAGAUUAUGCUAUGUAAUAUGAAGAUGUAACAGAUUUAUCAUUGUGAGAUUUGAUUUUGCUGUACAGAUAAAAAUUUGUCAAUUUAAUAAAACUGUCUGCUGAUUUUCAUA